CGCCAGCCUGGCCAGCAGCAGGGGGCACGGGCGGGCACGGGCAUGGGGAGUGCUGCCUGGGGCGCUUCCGGGAGUGCUGCCACUGCCAGGUAUUCGGCCCAACCAGCUCCUCCGGCUCCGGCUCUCUGGGGAGUGCCCGUCCUGUCGCUGGGCUGAGGUGACAGAGAUGGAGACACAAACAGCUGAACCAGGUCCCUACAGGUCACCACUGCCUGGCUGUGCGCCCACUUCCCAGGACCCUGAGGUCAAGCACUGGGGGAGGGGCACCACUGUCCAGGCCCCUGAGGGUCACCUGCCAGGCGGGGGAGGCCUGCCCCCUUCCCUCUGCCCAGGGCCGUGCCCAGCUCCGAGGCGGAGGCUGCUGUCCGUCCCCCUGUCCCAGGAUGUCCAGCUGGGUCAGAAUGCAGUGACUCAGCCUGGACCCGACUCCGCCCGGGGCUGGGCCUCCACGGGGCUAUCCACACCUGCCGGUCCCCUGGCCCUCGGGUUUGAGGUCAGGGUCAAGUGUCCUUCUUGCCCUCCCCUCGCAGAGGGACCACCUCCUGGGAAUCGGCCCUCCCUGGGCCCUGGGGGCAGAGCCAGACCCACCUGCGCAGGCUUUAGGCCACUCACACUGGCGGCCGGGCCACUGGGUCUGUCCUGGGGCUCCACGCCCGGGGACACCCGUGUGGCUCCCCAACCCCCCACAUACUUGGAGCAAAGGCUCACACACCACGCCUCCCGGCCCCGCCCGCCCCGGCUGCUUCUAGGUCAGGCUCGGGCAUGACUUCCUGGGAGGACCCUUGGCAGAUGGUGUGGCCGGGCCUGCUGAGGGCUGUGUGGCAGCCAUGGCUGGGGGGGUGUGGGGCCGGGGCCAGGCCCGCGGAGGCCCUGUGGGGGCCCUCACCCUGACCGCUCUGGCUGAAGGGAUCCAGGCCAGCCAGGGGCAGCCCGCCAGACCCCCUCCCAAGGGCCCUGAGCCCCAACCAGAACUCAAGCCUGAGGCGCAGCCUGGACGUGCAGCCCCAGCCACCCCCACGGCUGCCCCGGAGCCCGGCUCCCCUCCCCAUGGGCAGGAGCCGGCCCCUGAGGGGCCCCAGCAGACCCCCCCGAGCGCCUGGGAGCAGGGGGCCCUCGCUGACCUGGCGCUGUACAUGGCGGCCUGCCUGGAGGAGGCGGGCCUCUCGGGAACACAGGCCACGGCGCUCACUCUGUCCUCGGCCCUGGAAGCCCAGGGGCAGCGGCUGGAGGACCAGGUGCAGGCCCUGGUGCUCGGGCUGCUGGCGCAGGUGCCCAGCCUGGCCGAGGGGAGGCCCCGGCGCGCAGCCCUGCGGGUGCUGAGCUCGCUGGCCCUGGAGCACUCCCGCGAGGUGGUGGGCGCGCUGCUGCCCCGCUCUCUGCCCCCGGACCGGGCGGCGGCCGAGCUGUGGCGCAGCCUGAGCCGGAACCAGCGCGUGAACGGGCAGGUGCUGGUGCAGCUGCUGUGGGCGCUGAAGGGCGCGGCGGGACCCCAGCGGGAGGCACUGGCCGCCACGCGCGCCCUCGGGGAGAUGCUGUCCGUGUCCGGCUGCGUGGGUGCCACGCGCGGCUUCUACUCGCACCUGCUCCUGGCGCUGGUCACUCAGCUGCACGAGCUGGCCCGGGGCCCAGGCUCCCCCGGCGCCCACAAGGGGUGGGCCGCCUGUGACCGGGGACCACCGCACGGCCACUCCAGCUGCGCCGUGGAAGCCCUGAAGGCCCUGCUCACGGGGGACGGCGGCCGCAUGGUGGUGACCUGCAUGGAGCAGGCGGGAGGCUGGAGGCGGCUGGCCGGAGCCCACACCCACCUGGAGGGAGUCCUGCUGCUGGCCAGCGCCAUGGUGGCCCACGCGGACCACCACCUGCGGGGCCUCUUCGCCGACCUGCUGCCCCGGCUGCACAGCGCCGAUGACACCCAGCGCCUCACGGCCAUGGCCUUCUUCACCGGGCUGCUGCAGAGCGGGCCCACCGCGCGGCUCCUGCGGGAGGAGGCCAUCCUGGAGCGGCUGCGCGCCUGGCAGCGCGACCCCGAGCCCACGGUGCGCUGGCUGGGCCUGCUGGGCCUCGGCCACCUGGCGCUGAACCGCGGGAAGGUGCGGCACCGGCGGGCGCUGCUCCCCGCGCUGCUGGGCGCCCUGGGCGAGGGCGACGCGCGACUCGUGGGCGCCGCGCUGGGCGCGCUGCGGAGGGUCCUGCAGCAGCCGCGGGCGCCCGUGCGGCGCCUGAGCACCGAGCUGGGCUCGCGCCUCCCGCCGCUGCUGGACGACGCCAGGGACCCGGUCCGCGCCGCGGCGGUCGGGCUCCUGGGGACGCUGGUGCGGCGGGGCCGGGGCGGGCUCCGCGUGGGCCUUCGAGGCCCGCUGCGGAAGCUGGUGCUCAGGAGCCUGGUGCCCCUGCUGCUGCGCCUGCACGACCCCAGCCUGGAUGCUGCCGAGAGCUCCGAGUGGACGCUGGUGCGCUGUGACGGCGCCCUGCGCUGGGGGCUGCUGGAGGAGGUGGUCACUGUGGCCCACUACGACAGCCCCGAGGCCCUGAGCCGCAUCUGCCGCCGCCUGGUGCGGUGGUACCCGGGCCACGUGCCCGGCUUCCUGAGCCAGACCCAGGGCUACCUGAGGAGCCCGCAGGCGCCCCUGCGCCGGGCCGCGGCCGUGCUCCUGGCAGCCCCCGCCGCUUCAGCCAGGACCUGCUGGACUCGCUGUUCCGGGACCUGGGGCAGCUGCAGAGCGACCCCGAGCCGGCCGUGCUCGCCGCGGCGCAAGUGUCCUGCCAGCAGGUGGCGCUGCUGGCCCGCGCGCAGGGCCGAGGGCAGGGCCCGCGCUUCCCCCGCCUCCGCCUCCGCCGGCGCCGCGCCCGCCCCGCCCGGCCCCCGCCCGUCUACCCCGACAGCCCCUUCCAGCGCCAAAGCCGCGCGGGCCGCUGGGGCUGCUCCCCACCCGGCUGAGCCGGCCCCAGGCCCGGCGUCCUCCGCAGCGUCUGGGCAUCUCUGUGGGCAGCCUGGGCCUGGGCCUGGACGCGGGUGUCACCCCCACCCCAAACCCACCCCAGUCCCUGCAAGCCCUGCUGCACCGGACUCCUCCGAGGAGCUCCCCGCCUUUACCCCUCCCCAUGGCCACGUUCCUGAGAGGCAAUCAGCGCCAUUCAGCUGGGGGCCCACCUGUCCCUCGGGGCCUGGUGCUCUCCCCGCCCCGGCCGGACCACACCUGCCGCCGCACCGGGCUCUGGUGGAGCCGAAGCAGCCCCAGGAGCUGCUGCCCGCGGGGCUGCCUCUUCCUGGGCCUCCCCGGGCCUCCACUCCCUCCUGAGGGCCCAGCUGGCCACCCAGUUCCCGCUCCAGGUCACAGCGUCUGACCCCACCGAGCCUCCUCCAGAGGACGCCACGGACAUCCCAGGCAGGGUGCUACCCCGUGGGUUCCCGUGGGGCGCUGGCCUCUGCACCCGGACCAGACUGAGCCCGCUGGCUGGCACCCAGCGCCCUGCAAGGGCUGAAGGAGGGAAGCAGGGCGGGCGGAUGGGCAGGGAGGACGCUGCUCUGGCUCUGGGCGGGACAGGCCCCUCCACCCAGAUUGCCCCCCAGAAGCCCCUGCCUCAGCGGGCCUGCGACUCACACAGCCUGGCGUCCGGAAGGCCUGGGGUCCGGCCCACCCCGAAGGAAGGUGUCUGAAGUAAACACGCGUCAUCAAAGGGGUCCCGUCCUGUCCCCUCUGUCUAAGGCCGGGGUCUGGGCCCGGCGGAGAUGGGGCUCAGGGGAGGGGGGGUAUAAGGCCACGUGUGGGCAGGA